GGCUUCGCCCAGCAUUGUGGAGUAUUUCGAUGGCGAGGACGCCUACCGCUGCGGCUACUGCAAGAACCAGUCGGGCAGCCGCUCCCACGGGAUGUGGGCACAUUCCCUGACGGUACAGGAUUAUCAGGAUCUGAUCGACCGGGGAUGGCGAAGAAGCGGGAAAUAUGUGUACAAACCUGUCAUGAACCAGACCUGUUGCCCUCAGUAUACAAUAAGGUGCCGGCCUCUACAAUUUCAGCCAUCCAAGUCCCACAAGAAGGUUUUGAAAAAAAUGUUGAGAUUUCUGACUAAUGGGGAAGUUUGCCAGGGACAUUGUGAGGAUGAGCCCAUGGAGCCCUCGGUGGAGGAUGCUGUGGCUGGGGAUUUUGCGUUAAUAAAUAAAUUGGACCUACAGUGCGACCUGAAAACCCUCAGUGAUGACGUCAGAAGCAGCUUAGAGAGUGAUGCAAAGCAGAAGGGGAAGUGUGCCCCUACAAGCCAGGAGCCUCAGGACCUCGGUGACAAGUUGGCUUCGGGGGAACCAUCACAGUUAGUUAAAGCACCAUCAGUCCCCAAGCCAGGCAAAGGGCCAGAUUUGAGUAAGCCUCCAUGUCGGAAAGCCAAGGAGAUGCGGAAGGAAAGGAAAAGGCUAAAACUCGCACAGCAGAACUCUGUGGGAGACUCUGAGCCACAGCCUUUGCUCUCAUCAAAGACCAAGUCAAACCAGCCCAAGUCACUCGAAGACUUUAUAUUUGAACCUUUACCUGCGAAUGCAUCACACAGAUUAGAGGUGAGGCUAGUGCCUGUUUCCUUCGAGAACCCUGAGUUCCAGUCGUCCUUCAGCCAGUCCUUUUCCUUAUAUGCCAAGUACCAGACGGCCAUACACCAGGAUGCACCCGAGGAGUGUGGGAAGACCGAGUUCACCAGGUUCCUCUGCAGCUCACCUCUGGAGGCUGAGACCCCUCCAUCAGGCCCCCCGUGCGGCUUCGGCUCCUUCCACCAGCAGUACUGGCUGGACGACAGGCUGGUGGCAGUGGGUGUUCUGGACAUCCUGCCCCGCUGCGUCUCCUCCGUGUACCUCUACUACGACCCCGACUACUCGUUCCUGUCCCUGGGGAUCUACUCUGCGCUGCGAGAAAUUGCUUUUACCAGGCAACUUCAUGAGACGAGUUCAUGUCAACUCAACUAUUAUUACAUGGGCUUCUACAUUCAUUCCUGUCCCAAGAUGAAAUACAAGAGUCAGUACCGACCUUCUGACCUGCUGUGUCCUGAGACGUACGUCUGGGUCCCCUUUGAGCAGUGUCUGCCUUCACUUGAGAAGUCCAAGUACUGCCGCUUCAACCAGGACCCCACAGCAGUGGAUGAAGGUGGCAGCCGGGAACCUGACCGACUGCAGGUGUUUCAUCGCAAGGCCGUGCUGCCCUACGGCGUGUACCGGAUGCAGCAGCGGGAGCCACCUGAGGAGGCUGCAGCCGUGCUGCAAUAUGCGGCGCUCGUCGGCCAGAAGUGCUCAGAGCGCAUGCUGCUCUUUCGGAACUGAGGCUGCCGCUGCCCGGGUUGGCCCUGGCUGGCUCUGUGCCACCCUCACGAGACCCUUCCUCACUUCUGCUUCCCGUAAAGAGGCCACUCAGGCUGGGGCCCAGCCUCUCCUGGACACUCCCUGUUCCUGCUGGUGUGGAAAAUAAAGUUAGGUUGUGCCCGUUGAGUGACUGAAAUGGCACUUGGGCUCUUCUGCUGUGGUCGAGUCAGGACAGGCUCUUUCUUAGAGCUGCUCAGAGCUUCGGUUUAUGCUUCACAAUAAAAAUGAAAAAAAAAAAUCAAAAAGGGGCUUACGUCUGGGGAAGGAAGUGGGGUAUUGGAACCUCCAUUAGAAUGCUUCUCUAAGCUACGGCCUCCCUUAGCUGCUUCUCAGCAGCUGCACUGCUGUUCGGGUCCCGUGGGAUGUUCCACUCCAGGCCCCUCACAUUCGACACUCUGUCUGUAGGGGCUGUUUCCCCAAGACCAGCCUGUUUAUGGUCUUUCCUGGCACAAGUACCACUAAUGUUCCCUUUCAUACGUGCUCCCCAAGCUGGCCCAGGCUAGAACCCCAAAUUGGUGUUUGCCUGAGUGGUGUGGUUUAUUAGGGAAAGUGCCAGCCCCUUCCUGGAUCUUGGCCAUGUUAAAAGUGGGUCCAUGUGAGGGGCUGGAGCGACAGUAGAGUGACAGCACAGCUGGGAGGGCACUGGUCUUGCAUCUGACCAACCUGGAUUCCAUUCUUGGCAUUCUGGAGGGUCCCACGAGCACCAUCACUAAGGAGUGAUUCCUUAGCAAGAACCAUGAGGAAGCCCUGAGCAUGGCUGAGUGUGACCCAGAAACAACAUAAAAAAGUGGGUUCCCGGCAAUUUUCAGUCCUUAGAAUCAGGACAGUUUUCUUUGGUACCUGGUGGUAAAGAGUCACUGUCUCGAUCCCUGAUGCUGUGAUGCUCACCUCACUCCACAGGCCCUACACCCCUUCUUUUCCAGGCAAGGGGGACCCUUUGCCU